CACGGUAGCAGCGCAACGAUGAGCACGUGUGAACCGCGAUCUAUGUCAGCAGUAUCACUUGAAAUAUCUAGGCACUUGGCUGUAUGUCUAGAGAAUCUCCUUUCCGGCCGAAUAUCACUUUACUCAUUACACUCGUUUCGUAAGGUUCCGUUAGCGACAUAACUAAGGAGCAGGUGAGAGUGGUGGCUUAGCUCAUUCACAUUGAUGUACAAGUGCUAGCCUGCAAACACUUGCCUUUCUUGACAUUCGAACCGGAGUCCGGUUCCGCCAGCAGUAGCUCCUCUGACCACAGCCCCUCCCACUGAACGAUGGGUAACCAACAAAGUUCCGCCGUCCAACAGUGUCUGGAGCAAGCUGUCGGAAAGGAUCAUGUCGCCUUCAAGAACACACCACUCUACCAGAUAUCACACGUCAAGCCCUACAACCUCGGUGUUCCGGUGACACCAGCGGCGGUUACCUACCCAAAGACGGCCGACGAGGUCUCCGCGAUUGUCAAAUGCGCAGUCGACAACAGCCUCAAAAUUCAGCCACGUUGCGGCGGACAUUCUUACGCCAACUAUGGUAUCGGAGGUCAAGACAACACCAUUGUAGUCGACAUGAAGAACUUCCAGCAAUUCGCCAUGGACAAUUCUACCUGGCAAGCCACAAUCGGCGGCGGUACGCUCCUUCGCGACGUCACUGAGCGACUUCACGACAACGGCAAACGCGCCAUCGCCCACGGGACUUGUCCACAAGUUGGAAUCGGAGGCCAUGCAACGAUAGGUGGCCUGGGACCGACUUCACGCAUGUGGGGCUCCACACUUGAUCACGUAGAAGAGGUGGAAGUGGUUUUGGCCAAUUCGACAGUCGUGCGUGCUUCGGAACAGCAAAACUCAGACAUCUUCUUCGCAACCAAGGGAGCUGCAGCCGGUUUCGGGAUAGUCACAGAGUUCAAGAUGCGCACACAGGCCGAGCCUGGCGAAGCAGUACUCUACUCGUACAACUUCCACGGCGGCUCGUCUGCGUCAAAGGCUGACGCAUUCAAAAAGUGGCAGAAGCUGAUAUCCGACCCGAACCUUUCCAGGAAGUUUGCGAGCCAGUACAUACUAACCGAACAGCUCGGCGCCAUCAUCACAGGCACCUUCUUCGGCAGCCAAGCCGAAUUCGACAGCCUGAACAUCACCUCCCGUCUCCCAACCGGCUCGGCUCUGGAAUCGAUAGAACUCAAAGACUGGCUGGGUGUGGUAGGCCACUGGAGCGAAGAUAUUGCUUUAGAGAUCGUGGGCGGAAUACCAUCCAACUUCUACGCAAAAUCCCUCUCAUACACCGAGAAAGAUAUCAUACCCGACGAGACUAUCGACAAGGUGUUCAAGUACAUCGACGAAGCAGACAAAGGCGGUGCACUGUGGUUUAUCAUUUGGGAUCUCGAGGGCGGCGCUAUCAACGACGUCGCGCCUGAUGCUACAGCCUACGGUCAUCGUGACGCGCUGUUCUACCAUCAAGCUUAUGCCGUCAACCUCUUCGGCAAGGUCAACGACAAGACUCGCAAUUUCCUCACCGGCUUCAACAAUGUCGUUCUCGAUGCGCUGCCCAACCACGACCAAGGAGCGUAUGCGGGAUAUGUAGAUCCUGCACUGGGCGAGAACAGCGCGAGUCUGUAUUGGGGCGGUAAUGUGGAGAGAUUGGAGCGAAUUAAGGCGGAGGUUGAUCCGUUGGAUGUGUUUUCUAAUCCGCAGAGUGUACGACCGGCGAAGAGAUAGGUGGAGAAGAGAAUGGUGUUAUAGAUAAGAAGGCAAGGCUUGGUGAUAUGUUUCUGCCUGGCCAAAGGCUUAGGCUCGGAACAACUUUU